CGAAUACCGAUCAGACAGAAAUAAUCAUUGGUGUCGUGUGCAGGUAAAACGUUUAAAUACAAGGAUGGAAGUAACGGCAGCACAAUUUCCUCUGGUGAUCAUACAGGGAAGAGUAUCAUGUGGAAAUUAAUUUUCGUGGCUUUGGUCGCUUUGGCGACAGCCGAGAAAGUAAGGUACGACAACUACAAAGUGUUCCGUGUCGUACCUCAGACUGAAGAACAGGUGGAAGUCAUACGCAACUUGGAAGAAGUUUCUGACGCGUUCUCUUUCUGGAAAGAGUCAAACGCCGUCCAGCACCCCGCGGACGUGAUGGUUGCCCCACACAGAAUCCCCGACUUCCACGAGACCAUGAAGAUAUUCAACAUCCCCUACGACGUCUACGUCAGCGACGUUCAAGCUUUGAUCGACAAUGAAAUGCCACCAGCUCAACCUUUGGCUACGUUCGACUUGAACCGCUAUCAUACGCUCGAUGAAAUCUACGCUCAUUUGGACGAUCUGGCCAGAGCAAACCCCGGCAAGGUGCAAGUGAUCGUCGGUGGAAAAACGUACGAGGGUCGUCAAAUCAAAGGAGUGAAAGUGUCCUUCGGUAAGGCCAAACACGGAGUCGUGUUGGAGGCUGGAAUCCACGCUAGAGAAUGGAUCGGACCGGCUACCAUUCUGUACAUGCUCAACGAGCUUUUGACCAACAAGAAUGCCGAUGUCAGAACACUCGCUGAAUCUCACGACUGGUACAUCUUCCCUGUCGCCAACCCUGACGGAUACGUGUACACUCACACGAAGAACCGUAUGUGGAGAAAGACUCGCAAACCAUACGGUGUCUUGUGCUACGGAAGUGAUCCUAACAGGAACUGGGGAUACAAAUGGAUGUCUGGUGGUGCUAGCAACCAGCCAUGCUCCGAAACUUACGCUGGAAGCUCUGCAUUCUCCGAUAUUGAAACGAAAAGUCUAUCGGAAUAUUUAACGUCAAUCUCUAGCAAAUUCUCUGCCUACGUUGCUUUCCACAGCUACUCUCAGCUUCUGAUGUUCCCCUAUGGCCACACCAAACAGCAUUUGGAAAAUUACGACGACUCUCUGCAAAUCGGCAAGAAAACGAUCCAAGCUCUUGCUAAGCGCUACGGAACCAAAUACCAGACCGGAAACAUCGCCGAAACCAUCUAUGUCGCGAGCGGAAGUUCAAUGGAUUGGGUGAAGGGAACAUUCCACAAACCAGUCACCUUCACCUACGAAUUACGUGACACUGGUCGCCAUGGUUUCGUGCUUCCGGCUGAUCAAAUCGCCCCUACCGCAUUGGAAACCCUGGACUCUUUAGUCGCUAUGUUUAAGGAAGCUAAAGCUCGAGGAUACGAAUAAGCUACAGACUGCAGAAUAAACUACGAACAAGAUUGAUCGAUUUAAAUAAACGAACGAAAUAAAACAAAUUAUAUAUAACGAAUAUUUUUAAAUUUUGUUUAAUAUAUUUAUAUCGUUGUCUUUA